AUGCGCGCCCCAUCCCCGCUCGUCCUUCGGAGCUUGGGCUCGCGAGUUGCUCCACGGAGUCUACCGCGCUUUUCCCGAUCAACGUAUCUUACUCGACUGUCGUGCCGGACAAUUGCCAACUAUACGCACCCCCACCAUGCCUCGGCACUCUCCGUCCUUCCCACAGCGGUGGACACUUCGGCCCCCGAAUUCAGGGAGAACAGCCAGCAGAUGCAGGAGUUGCUGGACCGAAUGAGCAGUCUGCAUGCAAAGAUUGCACAGGGCGGGUCCCAAAAAUCUCGCGACAAGCAUGUCUCCCGCGGCAAGAUGCUUCCGCGAGACCGCAUCUCUGCGCUGAUCGACCCGGGCACCUCGUUCCUCGAGCUGUCGCCGCUCGCGGGCCAUGACAUGUACGAAGACGAGGACGUACCGGCCGGUGGUAUUAUCACUGGGGUUGGUACCGUCGAGGGCGUCAACUGCAUGAUUGUGGCCAAUGACAGCACCGUCAAAGGCGGCACCUACUUCCCGAUUACCGUGAAGAAACACCUGCGUGCGCAGGCAGUCGCCCAAGAGAACCGCCUGCCCUGUAUUUACCUGGUCGACUCGGGUGGUGCCAACUUGCCGCACCAGGCGGACGUGUUCCCGGACCGCGACCACUUCGGGCGUAUAUUCUACAACCAGGCGCGUAUGAGCUCCCUGGGUAUCCCGCAGCUAUCCGUCGUCAUGGGGCCUUGCACCGCGGGUGGCGCCUACGUGCCCGCCAUGAGUGAUGAAACCAUCAUCGUCGAGAACCAGGGCACUAUCUUCCUCGCGGGUCCGCCGCUCGUCAAAGCCGCCACGGGCGAGGUCGUCUCUGCCGAGGAUCUGGGUGGCGGCCAGCUGCACUCGUCCAUCUCCGGCGUAACAGACUAUCUCGCCGUAGACGACGCCCACGCCCUCGUCCUGGCCCGCCGCUCCGUCGCCAACUUAAACUACCCAGCCACACAGGGCCCACUCCAGCUAGAGGGCGUCGAGAUCCGCGAACCCUUAUAUGAUCCAGCCGAGCUGAACGGGAUCGUGGGCACCAACCUCCGCCGCCAGAUCCCCGCGCAUGAGGUCAUUGCGCGCAUUGUCGAUGGCAGCGAGUUUGCCGAGUUCAAGCGCGACUACGGCUCAACCCUGGUAACGGGCUUUGCGCACAUCCACGGCCACCGCGUCGGCAUCGUCGCCAACAACGGGAUCCUCUUCUCCGAGUCCUCGCUCAAGGGCGCCCAUUUCAUUGAGCUCUGCGCGCAGCGCCGCAUCCCGUUGGUCUUCCUGCAGAAUAUCUCUGGGUUCAUGGUCGGCGCCGACGCCGAGAAGGGCGGCAUUGCUAAGAACGGCGCGAAGCUCGUCACGGCUGUUGCGUGCGCUGAUGUUCCCAAGUUUACGGUUGUGUUUGGAUCGAGUGCCGGUGCGGGUAACUAUGGGAUGUGUGGCCGCGCUUACUCUCCCCGCUUGCUCUUCAUGUGGCCCAACGCCAAAAUCGGCGUCAUGGGCUCCGAACAGCUCUCUGCCGUGAUGGAAGCCGUCGGCCGCUCCGCCGACCCGGCCUUGAAGGCGCGCAUUGACCACGAAUCCGAAGCCAUCUUCUCCUCGGCCCGUCUCUGGGAUGACGGGGUGAUUCUGCCCGCGCAGACGAGGAACAUGCUGGGUUUGGGGCUGGCUGCUGCUGUCGGCGGCAAGGCGGAGCCGGAUAUACAGACCAAGUUUGGGGUGUUCCGUAUGUAA